CCGUUACACCUGUGUCAUUACUCAUUAAAACCUAAUGAAAGCUAGUUGUAAUUGUGUGAUUCAAGUUUAAAAUAUUAUUCUUAAAAAUGCCGGAAAUUAGUGCAAAAAAGCUUAAAGUAUACCAGGAGAUUUUUGAAGCAUGCGAUACCAAUCAAGAUGGUGAAAUAUGUAUAGCGGAGCUUAAAGCAUUUAUCGGCGUUUCAUCAUCAGGCCGCAAAAAGGUUCUGACCGAUGACCAAAUAGCCUACAUUUUCAGCAUGGGAGAUAAAGACAACAGUAAAUCAUUGAGUUUCGAAGAGUUUAUUGAAGUUUUAGAAAAUCCGGAUCUUAAGUUUCUAUUUGGAAAAUGGGUAACCAGAUAUGUAAACUUUCUUCUACCACCUCGACCAACACAAACAGCGACUGAACAUGUACAAACUUCUGUAUUAUAUGGAUCUGGUACUGAAACACAACAGUUAUUGUUCACACCAAGGGCACUGAGAAGAUCGGUAUCUCAAGAAACACGCGUCACAAUUGUCACUGAAGAUAUACCCGUAUCGUAUUUGAAAAUGUUCACUUGUUGUCCUCCUCCGUUUGCAAUGGUUAUUUUCUCGAUUUCGGCCUUAUUCUGUUAUUUAUUGGAUGAAAUUUCAGAAAAAGGUUCUACUUUAACUGGAAAUGGCAAAACAGCAAAAAUAUUCAUGUACGAGCCUUCUAAACGGAUUGAAGUUUGGAGAUAUUUAACUUAUAUGUUGGUACAUAUAGGCCACGUACAUAUGAUUACAAAUCUCGUCGUACAACUGAUGCUGGGCAUUCCCUUAGAAAUGGCUCAUAAGUGGGCGAGAGUAACUAUGGUUUACUUUUUUGGAGUGAUAGCAGGAUCGCUUGCCACAUCUGUGACUGAUCCCUGGACAAGAUUAGCUGGAGCCAGUGGCGGAGUUUAUGCGUUGUUAACUGCACAUAUAGCGUCAGUAAUUAUGAAUUGGGGUCAAAUGCAGUUUCCUAUAAUACAAUUAUUUAUAUUUGGAAUCAUUAUAACUGUGGAUUUGGGCACUGCAAUUUAUGAUAGAUAUUUUCUUAAUAUAGAAAAUAAUGUUGGAGUCAUGGCUCAUAUUGGAGGUGCAGUGGCAGGUCUUCUAGUAGGAAUUUAUAUUCUCAAAAACCUUAAGCAGACGACAUUUGAAAAAUACCUUUGGUGGGUUGCCCUGGUUCUUUUUAUCAUUUUAAUGGUUACAGCGAUAUUCUUAAACAUUUUUAUGCCUUAUCGGUAUCCCAGCUCAUCUCAACAAAUUAAUAUAAAUUAAUUAAACAAUCAAUAAUGAUUGACAAAGAACUGAAUUUUAUGAAGCUUUUGCUAUUUUCUAAUAUAGGCACUCGAUAAAUAGUAUUUUUGCUUUGUUGUUGAGACUGAAUUAUGAAUUAAACUUGUUUAUAAGGUUUUUAAUUUAUUUUAAUACCUAAUGUAUGAAUCAAAAUAUACUCAGCACUACUCUGUAUAAUUUAAAAUAAUUUUAUUACUUGGAUUACCCUCAAGCCUCUCUUGAAUUAGAUAAGCAUAAUAUUUAAUACCUAUCCAGUAUCCAGUCUAUAUGUGCAAUAUAUGAAAUCAAAUUCCAUGUGUACAUUAAUAUUGAAAUAAGAUAUAUAAAUAUGCCUGCA